AUGUCUAAUAUGGCUACCAGCAGUAUAGACGCCUCGCCGCUGGCGGCCAUUCUAAGCGACAAAUCAGCCACCGUUUCGGAACCUAAAUGUAACAGCAAGCCGCGUACUCGAAGGAGGGCAAGCGGAUUAGGUGGAGAACUUUGGGGGGAUACCGGAGCACCCGCUUUUGCAACGUUGGACCUCUGGCAAGACCAUGACACAAAAACACAUUAUUCAAGAUCCAGCAAGAAGUCCCACCACAAACGAGGAAAACAAAAAUCAUGGCUACAAGAGUACAAAUUAUUGGCAUUCCAGCACACCUGGCUCACGCCGCUCAUCAUUCUCCUCAUCCUCCUCACCCUCUACGGCGUUAACCCUAACCCUUCAAACGUCCUCCACCACCUCAUCUUCCUCUCACACACGCUUCCACCCUCUCCCAACUCCCCACUCGACGCACCAACGCAAUAUAGCAAAGGCCGCUACGACCUCGCAUUCGUAGCCUUCUACGCCCUCCUCCUAACCUUCACCCGCGAAUUCAUCAUGCAACGCCUCCUCCCCCUCGCGCUCCAUUUCCAGCUCAAAUCCCGCUCAAAACAACUCCGCUUCAUGGAGCAAUCCUACACCGCCCUAUACUUCGGCCUUCUCGGUCCCAUUGGCGUCUUCAUCAUGAGUCGAACCCCUGUCUGGUAUUUCAACAUCGCCGGGAUGUACUCCGGCUUCCCACACAAAUCCAUGACCGGCGAAUUCAAAUUCUAUUAUCUGUUUCAAGCAGCAUACUGGGCACAGCAAGCGGUGGUUAUUUGGUUGAAACUUGAGAAACCUAGAAAGGAUUAUAACCAGUUGGUUGGGCAUCAUAUCGUCACUCUCAUCUUAAUAGCUUUAAGCUACCGGUUUCAUUUUACGUAUAUGGGUCUUGCGGUCUUCGUCACUCACGAUCUGUCAGAUUGCACUUUCGCCACGAGUAAGACGCUCCAUUACAUCAACUCCCGCUUCACAGCCCCAUACUUCGUCUUCUUCAUCGGCACCUGGGUCUAUCUACGCCAUUACCUCAAUCUCCGCAUCCUGUGGUCAGAGUUCAAUGAGUUCAAGACGGUAGGGCCGUAUGUGCUGAGCUGGGAGGAGGAGCAGUAUAAGUGUGAGCUCAGUCAUUGGAUUUCUACGAUUCUGCUUGGAGGACUUCAGGCGUUAAAUUUGUUUUGGGGGGUCUUGAUACUGAGGGUUGCGUGGAGGUUUGGGGUUAAGGGCGAGCUGGGGGAUAGUAGGAGUGAGGAUGAGGGGGAGGAGGUAGUGGAGAAAAAGAUAUUGCUAGGUAGGGAGAGGGAGAGUGUCGGUGAGAAGAGUUCAGCGGCAGGUAAUCGGAGGGCUGGAAUGCCGAAGAGGAGGGCGAGGUGA